CUCCACCUUAGGUCCCAAUUAUGUUCCCUCCUGUUGAUCAUGCAGAAGGAGGAGAUGAAAACCAACCUCAUGCCUCAGCUCACAAUUCCACUUCCACUGCCAACCAAGACGUAGUGACAGCUCAGCUUGCUGCCAUACAGCAACAGUUCGGUGUUUUUCAGUUAGUACUGGCUCAGUUUUUAGCCAGAAGUAAUCCUGGUGACCCCCUCAUUAAUUUAUUGAACCCCACUCAACAACCCCCAGCUCCACAACAGAAUCCUCAACUGGUUCAGCAUGCUCCCGCUAUUAGUGAAUCUCAGGGUCAAUCCCAUAUAGCACCUGCUCAACAACACAUCCCCGAUGAUGUUACUCGCCGUCUUGAUAGCUUGGAAAAGCUAGUAGCUGAACAUCGAGGUGCUCCACCCCAACACCAUGCUGUUGAUUAUAUACCUCACCCUCUGAAUACCAACAUUACUCUAGAACCCUAUCUUGCUGGCUUCAAAAUACCACAACUGGAGACUUACGACGGGACGAAGGAUCCCGAUGACCACCUGCAUGCUUUCUACUCUUGUAACGCUCGAACUUGGUAUUACAGUUUACCUCCGAGGUCAAUUAGCUCGUAUACAGAAAUGGCAUCUGCCUUUGCCACUAAGUUUUCCAGUAGAGGGUUGAUUAGGAAAACUACUUCUGAGCUGAUGAGAGUUAAACAGAGGGAUGGAGAAUCUCUAAAGAACUAUAUGAGCAGGUUCAAUGAUGCGGUAUUGGAGGUUAGUUCCUUUGAUCAAGCUGUGGGGAUUGCAGCUGUGAUCUCCGGUCUUAAGCAUGACAGGUUUAGAGACAAUUUGAUCAAACAUGCUGCCACCACUUUCAGCGAGGUGAACGACAGGUCUCUGAAGUUUAUAACCGCUGAGGAGUAUGCCAUGGCGCAGAAUCCAACUCCCACUAAGAACCAGAACCCAGAGUCACAAACUUUUAUGCAGAUUAAGAACAAAAUGGACUUGAGACGUCCUAGCCCAAUGCGAACUGCUGCUGCUAGUCGAGACCAUACCAGAUAUUGUGAUUUUCACCAGGAUCACGGCCAUACUACAGAGCAGUGUAACAGUUUAAAGUCCGAACUGGAAAGUUUGGCUCAGAAGGGAAUGCUGAAUGAGUAUGUUCAGAGAGCUGAACAGCCGAGGUUUGUCAGAGAACAGAGGCCACAGCCUCAAGGAGUCCGCAAUCCCCCAAAUAGGCAAGGUGUGGGAUAUCAGCAAGCCCUACCUCUGCUUCCACCACCAGCUAGAAUCAUAUACAUGAUUACGGGAGGCCUUAAAGCAGGUGGACUGAGCUCUAAGCAGCGAAAGCUAUAUGUUAGAGAGGUUAAACAUCAAAAUCGAGCUCAGAAGCGAAAGCUUGAUGAUGCUGAGUGGAAGAAUCAACCCAUUACUUUCACAUCUGCUGACCUCGACACAGUUGUUACACCCCACAAUGAUCCUCUGGUCACUACUGUCAUGAUCAAUAACUGUGAAGUACAGCGUGUCCUUAUUGACACUGGGAGUGCACCAGACAUCAUGUACUUCCACUGUUUCGAGAGUCUGGGACUAGAUCCAGCAUUGUUGCAGAAAUAUGAUGGUCCUAUUUAUGGCUUCAACAACCAACCUGUCCCGGUGGAAGGAAUUCUUACCCUCCAUGUGGCUUUUGGGAGUGGCCGAACCUAUGUAACCCCUUCAGUCCGGUUCCUUGUCGUCAAAAUGGUGUCCUCUUUCAACAUUGUUAUUGGCCGACUCACAUUGACUGAAAUCCGAGCUGUGGUUUCCCAGUCUCACCUCUGUAUGAAGUUCCCAACUCCUAUGGGAAUAGCAACACUACGAGGAAACCAGGAGGUGGCCAGACAUUACGAUGAAACCAGAGCUGCUCCGGUCGAAGAUGUUGAAGAAGUGCUCAUUGAUGACAGAGAUACGAGUCGAAAGACGCAAAUCGGAACUAGAUUGAACCCGAAAGAAAGAGCUGAGCUGAUAGCUUUUCUCCGAGCUAACAAUGAUGUAUUCGCGUGGACUUCGGCAGAUAUGCCAGGAAUUCCGAAAUCAGUGUCUCAACAUAAACUCAGCACCAAUCCAUUGAAGAAACCAGUGGCCCAGAAGCGGCGUCUCUUCGGGGGGGAGAGACUCCAUGCUAUUAAAGAGGAGGUAGAGAAACUUCUACAAGCUGGUUUCGUCAGGAAAGUUGAUUACUGCGAAUGGGUGGCUAACCCAAUCCUGGAUUGCUAUCCAAUGCCGAGCAUUGACAAAUUAGUUGAAGCGGCUUCAGCCAAUGAGAGGUUAAGCCUUUUGGACGCAUAUUCGGGGUAUCACCAGGUGCCAAUGGCUCCAGAAGACGAAGAGAAAACCGCGUUCUAUGCUGGCGAUGAAAUUUAUUGUUAUGUCAUGAUGCCGUUCGGCUUAAAGAACGCAUGUGCUACUUACCAGAAAAUGGUAACCAUUGUCUUUCACGCUCAGAUUGGCAAAAAUCUGGAGGUAUAUGUCGACGACAUUGUGAUAAAGAGCCUAAAAGCAGAAGACCAUCUCGUCGACCUCGACGAAACCUUUAACAACCUCAGAAAGAACAGGAUGCGGUUAAACCCAGCCAAAUGCAUCUUCGGAGUGGAGUCCGAAAAAUUUCUAGGUUUCAUGGUGUCUCGAAGGGGAAUUGAAGUCAAUCCAGAGAAGAUAAGAGCAAUUGCCGAGAUGGAACCGUCGAAAUCAGUGAAGGAUACACAGAGGCUGACUGGAAGGGUGGCAGCUCUGCAUCGGUUCAUAUCGAAGUCAGCAGAUAAAUUUGUUGAUCCUGUGAUGGUGAAGUAUGUAGCCUUGGUGGCCGAGCUGAAGUGCAAAUUCCAGAAAUUCGAUCUGAGUAAAAUCCCCCGAGCUGAGAAUGAACAGGCAGAUUCACUCUCCAAGUUUGCCUCUGAUAGCUCUUUAAGUUCCAGAUUCGUUUUUGUAGAGAUCUUAGAUGAACCAAGCUUCAUGAAGCCUCGGGUGAUGGAGAUCAGCACAAACCCAGACACGCCGAGCUGGAUUGAUUCAAUCGCCUCUUUUUUGCGAGAUGGGAUAGUACCUGAAGACAGGCAGGAGGCAAUGAAAUUGAGAAAGAAAGCAUCUCGGUAUACCCUCGUUGAUGGGGUCCUAUAUAAGAGAUCUUUCUCGCUUCCUCUUUUGCGAUGUUUGAAUCCCUACGAAGCCGAGUAUGCACUUCGAGAGGUACAUGAAGGUGUCUGUGGGAGCCAAGUCAGUGCUAGAACUCUGGCUCACAAAGUCUUAAGGCAAGGAUAUUACUGGCCAAACAUGUAUAGGGAUGCCACUCACUUCGUUCAGAAAUGUCCGAAGUGCCAAUUCUUUACACAUCUGACUCACCAAUCGGUAGAAGAACUCACGAACUUGGUAGCACCAUGGCCAUUUGCUCAGUGGGGAUUGGAUCUUUUAGGCCCAUUUGUGAAAGGGGUUGGUGGUGUAACCCAUCUGGUGGUUAGUGUGGAUUAUUUCACAAAGUGGGUAGAAGCUCGGCCUUUAUCUAGUCUUACCUCUAAGAAGGUCAAAGAUUUUGUUUUCAGCUUGAUCAUCUGCAGAUAUGGGAUCCCGAAUCAGAUUGUGGCUGAUAAUGGAACUCAAUUCAAUUGCUCCUCAUUCCGAGAUUUCUGUUCCAGUUAUGGGAUUAAGUUACAAUUCACCUCCGUUUACCAUCCGGAGUCCAAUGGCAUGGUUGAAUCUGUUAACAAAUGCGUUUUAGAAGGUAUAAAGCCGAAACUGGAACAGCAUAAGGCCAAGUGGGCAGACGAGCUCAACAACGUCCUCUGGGCAUACAGAACCACGAGCCGAACUGCCACAGGUGAAACACCCUACCACCUGGCCUUUGGUACCGAAGCAGUCAUUCCUGUUGAAAUAGGAGUCCCAAGCCUCCGGGUUACCCAUUUCGAUGAAGGACGAAAUGGACAACUGUUUCGGGAAAACCUUGAUCUGCUUGCUGAAGUCAGAGAAGAAGCUCGGCUUCGAACUCUUGUAUACAAGCAGAAACUAGCCAACUUCUACAAUAAACGGGUCCGCCCUCGAACAUUCAAAAUAGGAGACCUAGUUCUCAGAAAAGCUGGCCUAACGGGGUUUGAAACUCGUUUUGGCAAACUCGCCCCAAAUUGGGAAGGCCCUUAUGCCGUGACCGAAGUGCCACAUCCUGGCGCCUCUAUCCUCCAAGACGUUGAAGGAAAGAGAGUUCCUAGAGUCUGGAAUGUCAAUAACUUGAAGAAAUUUUACCCUUAAUAAAAUUCUUUCAAGUGUUCUAGGUCUUAAAAUUCUUUACGCUUCUCACUUCAUGUUUGUUGAGAUUCAUUUUACUUCUUAUUCUAUGUACCCGAGGUCAAUUAGUUCCUUCAUUUCUUGAACCUCACCUCUGAUUAAUAAAUGUCACUUCACAUA